GGACGCGGGGCCUCGGGCGGCCCGGGCUGAGCCCUCGCGCAUCGUGCCCUCUAGCUCCGGGUGGGGCUGAGGACUCGCCCGCGACGCUCUCGCGGAGGACCGCCUCGGCUUUCUCGCGGCCUGCGGCCCGGGACCUCCUUCCUAAUAGCCCUGGACUGAGUCCCCUCCAGAAGGGGACCCUCCCCUCUUCCACUAAGGAGGGGUGGACACCUGCAGCCGUAUCUCCCCCAAACCGGGCCCUUGCUCUGUCGUCUCCUCACACCCACACAGAAGGCAGAGAGCUUCACGAUCCCGUUUGCCCUCUUUCCAACUCCAGAACCUUCCUAACUCCGCUAGUUCUUACUAAUCCCUGCCUCCUCCCCGGUGCACCCUCACAAGGGAGACACCCUCACACCCCAUACAGCCUGGGCCUGGCUCGCUGCCUGUGGGCCCCUUGCUGGUCACCUCUCCUCUCUUUCUACCCCCUCACCUUCCACUCGCCUGUUUUCAUUCUCUGUCCUCUGCCCCUCACUGCUUGUCACCCCCUGGAGCCCCCACCUAACUAGGGUCCAGUGGGUACCGCCUGCACCAGGAUGUGAGCCCUUUUAACCUGUAAUGCUGUGGCUGGCCCUUGGCCCCUUCUAUGCCAUGGAGAACCAGGUGCUGGUGAUUCGCAUCAAGAUUCCCAAUAGUGGCGCGGUGGACUGGACAGUGCACUCCGGGCCUCAGUUACUCUUCAGGGAUGUGCUGGAUGUGAUAGGCCAGGUUCUGCCUGAAGCAACAACUACAGCAUUUGAAUACGAAGAUGAAGAUGGUGAUCGAAUUACAGUGAGAAGUGAUGAAGAAAUGAAGGCAAUGCUGUCAUAUUAUUAUUCCACAGUAAUGGAACAGCAAGUAAAUGGACAGUUAAUAGAGCCUCUGCAAAUAUUUCCAAGAGCCUGCAAGCCUCCUGGGGAACGGAACAUACAUGGCCUGAAGGUGAAUACCCGGGCUGGACCCUCUCAACACAGUAGCCCAGCAGUCGCAGAUUCACUUCCAAGCAAUAGCUUAAAGAAGUCGUCUGCUGAAUUGAAAAAAAUAUUAGCCAAUGGCCAGAUGAAUGAACAAGACAUACGGUAUCGAGACACCCUUGGUCAUGGUAACGGAGGCACAGUCUACAAAGCAUAUCAUGUCCCAAGUGGGAAAAUAUUAGCUGUAAAGGUCAUACUACUAGAUAUUACACUGGAACUUCAGAAGCAAAUUAUGUCUGAAUUGGAAAUUCUUUAUAAGUGUGAUUCGUCAUAUAUCAUAGGAUUUUAUGGAGCGUUUUUUGUAGAAAACAGGAUUUCAAUAUGUACAGAAUUCAUGGAUGGGGGAUCUUUGGAUGUAUAUAGGAAAAUUCCAGAACAUGUCCUUGGAAGGAUUGCAGUAGCAGUUGUUAAAGGCCUUACCUAUUUGUGGAGUUUAAAGAUUUUACACAGAGAUGUGAAGCCCUCCAAUAUGCUAGUAAACACAAGAGGACAGGUCAAGCUGUGUGAUUUUGGAGUUAGCACUCAGCUGGUGAAUUCUAUAGCCAAGACGUAUGUUGGAACAAAUGCUUAUAUGGCACCUGAAAGAAUUUCAGGGGAGCAGUAUGGAAUUCAUUCUGAUGUCUGGAGCUUAGGAAUCUCUUUCAUGGAGGUAUGUUGUUGUUAUUUGCAAAUAGACACUUCUGUGCAUAUCUGUACUAAUAUGUUCAAUCAGAAAGAAUGA